GGACCUGCAGAUCCGAGAUUGGGGAUGCGGGGGAGGAAGCCUCUUUUGGGACCAUAAGCAUCCGGGCACUUUAUCCACAGAGGUAGGGAAGGCCAGAUUGUAAACUCGCUGAGAGGGGGGCCCUAACCCAGGAUAUAAGGGAGUCUCCCUGUGUCCCUCUCCUUGGAGACUUCUGUGCCGUGAGUGUGACCGCCAGGCUCAGAUAACUAGCUGCUGGGGAGCUGGUCACCCCUGGCCAGAGCAUGGGGAAGAGAGAUGGGACUACGAAGCGCAGGACCCUGCAGCCAUGGAGGCGAGGUCCUCACAGGAGCCAAGAGAGGGGUGCGGAUCGUGCUUUAGAUGAAGACUGGACCUCAGGAGCUGAGCCCCGAGCUCGGUGCAAGCUCCGAGGGUGGAUCCCUGAAACUCCCCGUCACUCGGGCCAGAGCUCUUUUCCGUUGUGGAAAGGCGAGAAAACCACAAGACGCUACCCACUGACCCGGAGCGGGGCGUCCCCGGUUGUAUGUAGAAUCAGACCGUCCGUCACCAUGGACAGUGGCAGUUGGCGAGUGGGUUCUGUGCUCCGGGACGGAGAUGCUCUGAUCCUGCUGGGCAUCCCUCUGGGAUGGCCCUUGGAAUCCCCUUCACCAGGCAGCUUGGAAACGCAAAAAGAAACCCUUCCUCCUCUCCAACCCGUGGGAGGCACGGUGCCUCCUGCCCAAGGCCCUUGUGUUAGGAGUAACUCUACCGAGGGAGGGUCACCCGGAGAAGGAAAGGGGCUGGAACGGAGCCACUGCAUCCCAGUCCAGGGCCCUGACUUCCCCGGGAAAGGAACAGGAAGGAGCAAGUUCUCUCUUUCCCAGUCUGGAGCUCAGAGCCAGCCCAAGGCAGGGGAAUAUGAUAGUGCCGUCCCUGUGCCCACCCUGUUCUGUGACCAGAAUUCUCUUCCUUCCGGCCCUGGCACUAGAGUCCGCUCAGCUUUCCUCCUGCCCCUAGCAGCCCUCUCAUCCUGGCGCUCCUCGCUGAGGCACUCCUCUCGGUCCCAGGCCCUCUCCUUGGGCCUGAAUAACAUACCCACCCUUUAUUCCCAGCCUCCAGCCCUCCUUUACCCCAACCCAGAAUCCCCAUUUUCCAGGGCCCACACAUUUGUUCUUACCAGCCUUAGGGGCCUCCCGCUGUCCCCAAGGCUCGUGCUGAAGUUGUCACUUCUCGAUGCUCUCUCCACAAGACCUUGGGAGCUCGGGGAAGCACACGGGCCUCAGUUCCCUCCUCUCCCAGGACCUUUCUCCGGGAGAGCCCACCUACCCUCUGCACCGCCCUUGCUCUGCUGGACAGCAGUGAGUCCGGGCGCAGAGCAGUGACAGGCUGACUCUACCUGCGUCCUCACCCGUCUUCCCGACCCGUCCCCAUCAGCUGCUUUCAGCUUGGGGCGCCGAAGCACAGCCCGGCAUAGGGCUAUUCUGACGAGCCCGUGCAGUGGGAGACACCUGACCUUUCUCAGGCUGAGAUUGAGCAGAAGAUCAAGGAGUACAAUGGCCAGAUCAACAGCAACCUCUUCAUGAGCCUGAACAAGGACGGCUCCUACACAGGCUUCAUCAAGGUGCAGCUGAAGCUGGUGCGCCCUGUCUCCGUGCCUGCCAGCAAGAGGCCGCCCACCUUGCAGGACGCCCGGCGGGGCCCAGGGCGGAGCACAGCCGUGAGGCGCCGCACCUCCUUCUACCUGCCCAAGGAUGCUGUCAAGCACCUGCACGUGUUGUCACGCACGCGGGCACGCGAGGUCAUCGAGGCCCUGCUGCGCAAGUUCUUGGUGGUGGACGACCCCCGCAAGUUCGCACUCUUUGAGCGGGCUGAGCGCCACGGCCAAGUGUACCUCCGGAAGCUGUCGGAUGAUGAGCAGCCCCUGCGGCUACGACUCCUUGCGGGGCCCAACGAGAAGGCCCUGAGCUUCGUGCUGAAGGAGAAUGACUCUGGGGAGGUGAACGCCUGCUGGUUUGGCCAUGCCUGCUGCAGCCUUUGCCACCCCUCCUCCCUGCAGUGGGAUGCCUUCAGCAUGCCUGAGCUCCACAACUUCCUGCGCAUCCUACAGCGGGAGGAAGAGGAACACCUCCGCCAGAUCCUGCAGAAGUACUCCUGUUGCCGCCAGAAGAUCCAGGAGGCCCUGCAUGCCUGCCCCCUGGGGUGACCUCUUCUCCCCCUGGGUGGAAGGAGGAGCGUAGGCAGCACAGAGGGUGUGCCGUGUGAGUGUGACAGGGCCUGUCUGGCCUGAGGAAUGAGUGUGCAUGGAGGCCCUCAUCUGGCUGGCGGAAUGAACCCAGAGAGCAGCAAAGGAGCGGGCCCCCUGUGUCCACCCGUGGGUGUAGCAGAGCAUGGCUCUGCACCCUCUGCCCUUCGUGUCCUGAGUCAUGGUGGACAGGAUUGCAGCAAGGGUAGAGCAGACAGAAGUCUCCUUAAUUUGUGUCUCAGAUACGAGAAUCUUGGAGACCCAACCAACAGAAUAGGGUCAUGUUUGCAGGGAUGAGGACCCUCAGCUAUGGGGAAGGGUUGUAUGUCUGGGAUGGGGUCUCAGGACCAAUAGUGGGUGUUGAAGACCAGGCAGGCAUCGAGGAAGAAUGCAGGUUUUCCUCUGCAGUGCCCUCGGCUCUGGCACACCCUGGAGUCUGCGUGCUGCUGCCACUGCAGCAACAGUGCCUCAGUGCGCCUCCGAGGAGGAGGACCUGGUCUGGGGUCUGUGGGCACUGGCUCAGGUCCAUGCCUUGUUUGCCAAUCAAAGCCAGGGUCUUACUUGGGGUAUUUUUCAUGAUGUGUGUGAAUGCAUAUUUUGUGGCCUCAGCUGAAUACCUCCUGUGGGGAAAGGGGUGGGAAUGACAGUCAUCAUCAGGGCCUGGGGCUUGGGAAAACUUGGCUGAAUAAAGAUUCAAGACUCUC